AUGGUUCGAUACAAGAAUCCGCCAAUGUAUCUCGGCCAAGGAACGGCUCAAGCCAGCAUCGAACAGUCUGCCUCGUCUGAAGAGCUGAGCCGACAACAAUCCAGCCAUGACUGUGGCUUCAAUGCCAACUCCCAGACACCAGCUUAUGGUGUCGGGCCAGGAUCAAUUGAAAAUACCAAUCACCAUCCACCGAUUGAUCCUGCUCUGGAUCGGACUCUCGACACGGCCAGCGGGCCUUGGGAGGCAACAACAGCAGCAACAACAACAACAAACCAUGGUUUCCCACAACAUCACAGCUCAUGGGGAACGCCGGCACAGCCAUCCAACUGGGUGUAUCCAGAUCCCACAACCCUCGGCCUUCCACUCCCGUCGACGAUUGAUAAACAACUCCAAGGAUUCGUUGUCCCUUCCGGAAGAGCCAUCGGAGCGCGGUCCGUGGGAGAUGAUAUUCUUGACGAGCUUUACCAGCGAUCUCAAGCACUGGACAUGUCGCUCGGAGGAUCAUUCGAGGAAGAUGGCAUGAUUACUUCUGGCUCAAGACAGCCGACCUACAACAUGAAUUUGAACGACACAACAGGCACAUACUGGCCAUCUGGCUCGUCAGCGGCGCUGGCAAUGGUGCUGUUGGAUACAAACGGAGAUGCGAGAGAGAUCGGCCAUUUUGAAAUUCUCGCCGCAGCCGAACAUCUAGUGAGAAGCAAUGCCAAGGGCACAGAGACCUGGUCGAUAGGUCAAUCAAGCAAUUCACGGCAACUUCGACAAACAAAGAUCACUAUCAGAAAGAGCCCCGUGAGAAAAAGCCCUACCAGAAGAAACCCAGAUAGAGAGGCAAAAGGAAAGACUCCAGCAGCAGCAGCAGCAGCAGCAGAAGAAGAAGAAAGAACAGAUCGAGCCUUUGGAAGCGUUCAAGACCAUGGUGAUAAUCGGCGUCGUGGCGACAGUCGGGGUCAGAAUGGCAACGAUAACAAUCGCAAGCCCAACGGUACCAAUAGCGGCAAUGGCAAACAAUCUGGUAAUGGAAAUGGCAAUGCCAAAGGAACCAAGUCAAAGGUCACGGCACGAGGACCACGACAGCAGCAGUCAUCACCACGACCACCACCAUCGUCGUCGCCGCCGCCGCCGCCUCCUCCACCACCUUCGCCACCCAGGCAGGAGCUGCAGCGAGCGUCCCGCGCCAUGCCACCUCGAGCUCGCGUUUCAUUGCGUCCUGAACCUCGACCAAGUCUAAAGCGAGCGUAUGCCGAGAUGAUGGAGCAACUCAUGUCGCCAAAGACGGGCCGGCCGAAUAAGAAGGCUCGGAAGGCUUAG